AUGAUACCCUCUGACUUCCUAGGUGAUUUGUUGGAUUUUUCAAAUGGAUCGAUUAACUGGAGUGAUCCAAAGAUAUGGGAAUACUUUGAUGGUUUGGCAACUGACAAAGAAGAACCGUACUACGGAUACAUCAACUACCUGCCGGAUAUACACGUCGCAGUUAAAAUACUUCUUGUUGUUACGCUCGUGAUCAUAAUCGUAGUAUGUGGUUUUGGCAACAGUUUGCUAUGUUUGACGAUACUACGACAGAAGCGUCUACGCAGCGUGACAAACUUAUUCAUCGCCAGUCUUGCGGUAUCCGACGCUAUGGUAGCUAUCCUAGGCGCACCGUUUAGCUUGUACUACUACUUGUACCAGAAAUGGAUUUUCGGUGAUGUCAUGUGCUCACUAGUGGGCACGGUUAAGAUAGUCUCACUGAAUGUCUCUGUCAAUACGCUCUUGAUCAUAGCUUUGGAAAGAUACUACGUGAUUCACAACCCAAUGAAACCACGGCUAACAAAGAGAAAAGUGUUAAUAAUUGCUGCGCUGACGUGGGUUGUCUCUUUCAUUGUCUCUAUACCAACUCCAAUGAAUACGAUAACAUCCAGAGGAUUCGACAAGGACGGCAACGAAAUUAUAUAUUGCGCAGAGUAUUGGUCAAAUCGUACGGCAUCGCGCUCAUAUAUGCUGUUUCUGAGUAUUUUCGAAUACGUGAUACCUAUGGUCGCCAUGAUUGUUGCAUACUCCAAGAUUGUACGCAAGGUGUGGUUCCGGGGUACACCGGGUAAUGCCACGCAUCGUCAGCGAGACAGUGUGAUAGAAAGUAGGAAGAAAACCAUUCGCAUGUUGAUGAUUGUGGUAACGUCGUUUGGCUUAUCUUGGGGCCCUUAUUACGCAUACAACAUCAGUGUUCACUUUCACGAAGAUGAAUGGUUUGAAAACGAUUACAACAUGACUGGGUUCUAUGUUGUGGAGGUGAUAGCUAUGAGUAACUGCGUCAUGAACAGUGUUGUGUUUUUUCUUAUGAAUGAAAAUUUCAGAAGAGAAUGCCUGAACUUGUUAGCCAAAGUGCAUUGCAUCAAAGUAACAUUUCAGAUAACGACAACAACUAAUAUAAGCCUCACAAGGAAUGGAACACGCACCACGGUUCGUGUAGUGGCACCACCGGAAACUAAUGUAUGA